UCAAUUGUUUUAUAUUGUACAACAUAAUACUACAAUAACAAGAAAAUCAUAUCAUAAAACCCUCAUGUGAAUCAAAAUCAACAAAAAAAAUCAUGUAAAACCAUCAUGUGUAUCAUGAUUAACAAAAUAUAUCUAUUUAGACCAUAAAACAAUAUAAAUAAAAUCGUAUAUAAUAUAACUUUUUCUCACUUCUUACAAAUAUUCUAGUAAACCACCUAACCUCAUGACUAGUAGUUUUACUUGAAGAAUAUUCUAUAUUGAAAGAGAACUUUUUAAACAUUUAAGUUUCCUUUAGCUUCAUUUCAUUAUUAGUUACUUAAGUUGAAGUUGGUAUGUAUAUAUAGCAUAUCACAUAUCUUUGUAAACAAACUAAAAGUCUACAAUGACUUAUUUUCAUAUCUCCAUACCUUUUUUGGCAUCUUGUUUAUGUUUUUGUAUUUUUUAUACCCAAGCUAGACUUGAGCACCAUCACCAUCAUCAACAUCAUGAUCAUCACAAUCAUCAUGAUCAUGAAAAUAAACACAAGCAUCAUUCUCCUUCACCUUCUAAUGCACCCUACACAUGUGAUGUUGAUGGUGAUGGGAUAUUUGAUGUUAGAAAGUUUGGUGCUAUAGGAGAUGGUUUAGAAGAUGAUACCAAUGCCUUCAAGGAAGCAUGGAAAUGUGCAUGUCAAAGUCAAAGUCAAAGUCCAUUCUAUUUACCUAUGCUCUUGGUUCCUCAUGGUUAUUAUUUCAUCAUACAAUCCACCAUAUUCAAAGGUCCAUGUAAAUCUCCAAUAAUAUUUCAGGUUGAUGGAACAUUGAUGCCACCAGAUGGACCAGAGUCAUGGCCCAAAAACAAGAGACACAAAUGGUUGGUGUUUUAUAGGAUUAACCAAAUGAUCAUUAAAGGUAGAGGUCUCAUAGAUGGAAGGGGACAACAAUGGUGGGAUCUUCCUUGCAAACCUCACAAGGGACCAAAUGGCUCGACUUUACCGGGACCGUGUGAUAGCCCAAGUGCCAUAAGAUUUGUAAUGUGCGCGAAUUUGAAAUUACAAGAACUUAAGAUCAAAGAUAGCCCACAUUUCAACGUGAGGUUCGAUAGGUGUGUAAGUGUUCGUAUCGAUUCAAUUUUCAUAUCCGCACCAGCCUCUAGCCCAAACACUGACGGGAUUCACAUCGAGAACACCAACGAUGUUCAGAUUCACAACUCGAUCAUUUCCAACGGUGAUGAUUGCGUGUCAAUUGGAUCAGGUUGUUAUGAUGUUGAUAUAAAGAACAUCACUUGUGUACAUGGUCAUGGGAUUAGCAUAGGAAGUUUAGGCAAUCAGAAUUCAUGGGCAUGGGUUUCGAACAUCACGGUAAGGGACUCAACAAUAACACGAACAAAAAACGGAGUUAGGAUCAAGACAUGGCAAGGUGGAUACGGCGCUGUUAAUCAUGUGAAAUACGAAAACAUUUUAAUGGAAAACGUGAGGAAUCCAAUCAUUAUCGACCAGUUCUAUUGCCCAAGAAAACGAUGCUUAAACCAGACAUCAGCAGUGGUUGUGUCAAACAUCGAGUACAAGAACAUAAAAGGGACAUACAACGUUAGAAGCUCACCCGUGCAUUUUGCUUGUAGCGACUCGGUUCCUUGUAGAUACAUAAGUUUAUCCGAAGUGGAGUUGUUUCCUGUUGAAGGGCACGCGAUGUUGGAUGCAUUUUGUUGGAAUGUGUAUGGGGAGAUAGAGACGAUGACCAUCCCGCCAGUCUAUUGUCUUUUAGACGGACGAAACGAUUAGAGAUAGAUACACAUUGUAUUAAGUAUAGUUGUUUAGUUAGUUAAUAUAUAGUAAGGAUGGCAAAAAAAAACCCGAACCCGACGAGUUUACCCAAAACCUGAUGGGUAUGGGUAUGGGUAUGGGUCUGGGUCUGGGUAUAAAUUUUUAUUUUUUUCGGGUUUGUGUACGGGUAUAGGAUAUAGUAAUACCCGACCCGAUUACCCGAUAUAUAUAUAUACCCAAUUACCCGCAAAUUUUAC